UAAGUAGCGGCCACCACCCACCACCCCCGGCUUCCUCUCCCACUGCGCCCUCCGCGUGAGCGGCAGCAAGUGUUCACUGCGUUCUUCUUCUCGAUUUAUCUUUCUUGGUUUCUUGAUCUGUAGCUUAUUAGCGGCCAUGUGCGGCGGAGCAAUCAUCUCCGGGUUCAUCCCGCCGUCGGCCGCUGCGGCGGCGGCGGCUGCGGUGGCCAAGAAGCAGCAGGGCAGGAGGGUCACGGCCGACGUGCUGUGGCCGGGGAUGCUGCGGAAGGGGAAGGCGGCGGCGGCGGAGGAGGACUUUGAGGCCGACUUCCGCGAGUUCGAGCGUGGCAUGAGCGACGACGAGGCGGAGGGGGGCGGCGGCGAGGAGGAGGAGGACGACGACGACGUGGUCGUGGUGGUCCCCCCGCCGGCGGCGGCGAGGUUCGUCGUCCGUGCCGCGGCCAAGGCGGCGCCCCCAACUGCAGAUGGGAUGUUGACUACAAAGCUUGUCCAACAUGAUGGACCUACUGCUAGAUCAGCAAAGCACAAGAGGAAGAAUCAGUACAGGGGGAUCCGCCAGCGUCCCUGGGGCAAAUGGGCAGCUGAAAUCCGAGACCCCAGCAAGGGUGUCCGUGUUUGGCUUGGAACAUAUAACACUGCUGAGGAGGCAGCUAGGGCAUAUGACGCUGAAGCCCGCAAGAUCCGUGGCAAGAAAGCCAAGGUCAACUUUCCUGAUGAACCAGCUGUUGCUCAGAAGCUCUCCCUGAAGCAAAACGCUGCCAAGCAAGAGAAACUAGCUCCACCUCUGAAGACCUGUGGCGAUGAUGCUUUCUUUCAGCUAAACAGUUCAGACAAUGAUUUGUUUGCAAUGCUUGCAAAGGUGCCUGCAAAGCCGGCAGAGCCUGUUGAUCUCAUGCCUCCAGUCAAACCUCUUGCUUCCACUGAGACAUUCGAGAUGAACAUGCUCUCUGAUACGAGCAGCAACUCAUUUGGCUCUUCAGACUUUGGUUGGGAGGAUGACACCCUGACCCCAGACUACACUUCAGUCUUCGUUCCUAAUGCUGCCAUGCCAGCAUAUGGUGAACCUGCUUACCUGACAGGUGGAGCGCCAAAGAGAAUGAGGAACAACUAUGGUAUCGCCGUGCCCCAGGGAAAUGGCAUGCCUAAUCUCGCACAAAACAUGCCCACCUUCGAUCCCGAGAUGAAGUAUUUGCCAUUACCUUAUGUUGAGAGCAGCUCAGAUGAAUCAAUGGACAACCUUCUGCAAAAUGAUGCUACACAAGACGGGGCAAGCAACGAGGGCAUCUGGAGCCUUGAUGAGCUGCUCAUGGCAGCUGGUGCCUACUGAGGAGACGAAAUGUUCUGGUCAGUGUGGUCUGUCACUAGCAAACCAUGUUGAAUGUGUAUGGCCAAGAUGAAGAGCUGGUGAUGUCUGCUAUGUUUUGUAGAGGGAUGCUACCAAAGUAAUGCUAGAAUAUUACAAGCUGCUAUCAGCUGUACUCUCUAUGACAAUGUUUAUACUAUGUUUGCUGUAUGGUGUGGUCUAUGAUUUGAAGUAUGUUGGAGACUGAUUCAAAUAACUGCCUUGGCCAUGUGUGUGCUGUAAUGUGCUUAUUAAGUUAUAUAGUUGUGCUCAUAUUGCGUAUCUA